AUGGAGGCAGUGGAAGACAAGGGCCGCCUACAAAUGCAUCGUGCCGAGUUUGCUGGACAUGGAAUGAGGCCGCAGCUCAUCCGUGUGUGCCAUGCACUGGAAACGGCAGCAAUACAAUUUGCUUUCAAAAUGAAUCUGGAAGGCAUGAAGCUGACAAAUCAUCUGCCAGGUCUCAACAUUGCCACCUGUGGUUUUAGGAAGGGUCUGGAGGGACAGAGCCCAGUGAGUCAGCCGCCCCAAAAGAAACAAAAAUACAACAACUCCCAAUGCUUGGAGACACGCAAGCCACACUCACCUCGUCAGCUGGUGUACGGAUUUUGCAACACUAGCCACAUCGACAGCAAGGAUCAGCUCACGGCUUUGCAGCAAAAGGAGCUGCACAUGAGGGCAGCCGACUUUGGGUUGGACCCCCAAAAAUAUCCAGGACUUCCCACCACAUGUGCCUGA